AUGGCUCAACAGUCGCCCGACUACAAAAUGCUGUUUUUUGAAGAGCAGCGUAGACGCGAAGAGGAGCAACGUAGACGGGAGGUCGCGGAACGUGCUCAGGAGGAAGAACAGUGCAGACGCGAAGAAGAACAACGCAGACGUGAGAAUGCAGAGCAGGCGCAGGAAAAGGCUGAAGAAAAAACCCGCAAGACGUCUCUCCCUGAAUUCCUCGAUGCGUGUCACAAUCACCUUUACUCGGGUCUCAACCGUCCAGACCAAUGCGACGUUGUCGACGCGAGGCGACCCUGCGAAUGCGAACAACAAGCUUCUGUCACAAACCUAUGCUAA